CUUUGGAACACUUCCUGUAAAAUUUGAAAUUUUUAUUUUUUAUUUUGAUGGAUAGUUUGUGCCAUUUCAUCUUAAUUCCCAUUGCAAUUCUUACUUUCGAUGUUGGUCCGGCUUUUUCUAAGAAAGAUGGGCUGAGGUUCAGAGAUCUACCCGUAUCUCUCCUGCUGCACCAUAUUGAACUCUCUCAUCACUUACCUUGCUGUGUCUUAUACAGGAAUAAAGGUAAAGGCUCUCAGUUAGAGUCUGAGCUCUACAAAUUCUGGCAGGAAAAAGACCAGAAUGAUAAUGCCACAUAUAACAACUGGCAGCUUGGUAGCUUUGCAGUCCAAGAUGCCAGAGGCCACAUUGAUGUUCCAGCACAUGUUCCAUGUUUAACAUGCUACCUUGGGCCCUCUCAUUCUGUUGUCUACAACGGAAGAAUAAGAGACUCUGAUAUUCGUGGUUGGUUCCAAGAUCUGGCUAGAGUGUACACAGAAAGUGUCCAGGAAGGUACGCUGAGUAGUGUCAGUACAGCUAUACAGCAAAAUGAUGUCACAAUACUAGGAUUCCCAGACGCAGACAGACAUCUUGAAAUUGAAGAAAUGCUCUUUCAGAUCAGGGAUUCCAAUGGAGAUGGUAUUAAGGUUUUGAUCAUUCACCAGUAUUCACCAGAUAUCAGAGAGUUGCAAAGCAUUUAUAAAGUUGCAAAACUACCCAGUGUCCUUCUGAUACACAAACAUGGUUCAAACAAAGCUGAGUCUCAUCUUCUUGAAGGGGACUCUGUUACAAGGGCCAACAUUGAGGUGUAUCUUCAAUUAAGGCAUAUGAAUGCUACUGUCCUGACCAAGAAACUGUUUGAACAACAAGUUGUGACACCCAAGGGAGGGUACCAGCCAAUUCUGGUAUGUUUCUACACAACAUGGGCCAACCAAGCCAAAGAUCAUCUCUACGCUCUACAGCGCACAGUGGAGUAUCUUCAAGAAGCCAAUAGUACACUGAGGUUUGGUACAAUGGAUAUAGAGACACACAAAGAAGUGCUGCACCAUCACUUUGGAAGUCUUCUGGUUCAUCAGAUUCCAUUCACUGUACUCUACUUCCCAGUCUACCACAGAAACAGAGUUGAAUCUAUUGAACCAAGAAUGAUGUCAGCUUUUAGACCCACAAUUAGUGAAGUUCUGGGCUUCCUAUUGGAUUUAUCUCAACAGAAUCAACUACUGAAGCCUUAUAUUCCCAGCAGCUUAAUUGCCUCUUAUCUUCCAAGGAUUAACGCAGAGGUAUGUUUACUGACUGAGGGACCUUGGGGAGAGGAGUGUGGACUUGAAUACAACAACCAGACUGACACUGAGCUUCCAAUCAUUGAAUCACAGCUGCAAGAGAAAAAUGAUGUUGUAGAAACAGAUUUAAACACAGAAGAACAGGUGGUUAAAAUGGAUGUCAUAGAAUUAUCAAUGGUGGAGGAAGAAAACAAAAACAUCACCAUGGUAACAGAGUCAACGUGGAGUGACAUGAUUGAAACAUCACCAUCUAUGUCGCAACAAUUUCCAGUUGUCACACAGUGGAAGGGUGAUGUCACUAAAGUUACACUGGUUAUAUUCAUAAUAGAAGGCUGUGGAAGUUGCAGGAAUAACAUGGAAGUAUUUCACCAGCUCCAUCAUGCAUUACAAUAUAUAGAAGGGGCCUCAGCACUCCUAGCCAACUGUACCUCAGACCCGUUGCUAUGUAAACAGAAUGACAUCACAGGCUUCCCGUCUGUUAGCAUAUUUCGGGGUCUAGGCUGGCUUACCACUGAUGGAUGUAUCUCAGGUGAAACAGCCUCGAAACUAAGUCCUGUUAGACUGGACUACCAUGGAGUGAUUAGAGUGACACCUAUCAUGGACUGGUUCCUAGAUAGCACACAUGCAGCUGUUAAUGACACACGUUUCCAUGGAGCCGAAGACUCCAAGAUGGUAGAGGAUGUCCACCUUGUUGCCACACUGGUACCAAAGAUGUCUGGCUUUCUGCCCCAUGUUGCCAAGAAGAAGACAGAUUAUUUCCUCCCAUAUGAAUGCUUCCGUCUUGCCUGUGAACUUCUCUAUGGACAGGUACCUUGUUAUACAGAAUUCAGCAAAGAUAUUCCCGAGAGGGAGUUCAGUAAUAAAGGACUUGAGAUGGUUGCCACUAAGAUUGUGUUGCACAGGAAGGAUGGCAUGUCUGCUGUGAUAACACAACUAGGAGAGACUCUUGUCAAGCUGCUUGAAAGAGAACAGGGAGAUAACACACAUAUAUUCCAUGCACCUCAUAAGUACAAUAUUCCCAGGGAUCAAAAAUGUGAAGACAAUCAUGCAUUCUGUACAGAUCUGAUAGUGGACUUUACCAGAGACCACGCCAGACUUCCUAUCACAAAAAUGACUUCUAUGCUCUUCCACUCAAGAAGCAAAUUGAGCUUCCUGGAUGAGACUCUUCCAGUGAUGGUUGCCUUGGUGCAUGCAGAAAACAUGACAAUCUCAUCACAGUUUUAUCAGAACCUUAGGGAGGCAUCCAUAGCUUUGUAUAACUCCAUCCAGGUGAUCAGUGUGGAUGUAGAUGAAUAUGCAUCCUGGGCAGGACAGUUUGUCCCUGCUAACUACAUUACACAUAAUGACCCAGUACACAAUCGUGGUGAGGUUCCCCUAUUGUACAAGUAUCCUCGUCUUUGCAUUGUACAUUGGACAGACCAUCACCAUGCAGCUUUCUAUCCCCCUAUACCAGAACCUAGUGGUGAGGAGCAACAUACAAUAACUCAUUCCAGCCAAGACAUUAAACAUGAUCCAUAUUCCAUCCAACAUAUUGAAGAAAAUGCAAUAGAUUCAAAGACUGAAUCCGUCCAUAUUGAAACCGAAAAUGUAAAAUCUGUCCAAGAUGACAAUGACAAUGUACAUUCCAAAAGUGAAUCCGUCCAAAAUAAAAGAAAUGUAGAUGAGGAUGUUUUGAAUCUGGAGGAAGGUGUGUUUAGUAAAGACAACAUCAUAGCAUUUGCUAAUGCGUUUGCCAAAGAUCCAAAACAAAUGCUGAUCAAAACCAAUCAUUUUUAGAACACAAACCAUGUAUAAGAUAAUCUGAUAAUAUCAUAUAUCAAUAUGUUUCAAUAUUUUAGAGAACAUUAUGAUUUUUAUAGACAUUAAGAAGAUGGCUGCGAUAUUCAAAAUGGCCACCAUUUUUCAAGAAAAAAGACAAUUGAUUUGAUUUAUUUUGCGGAUUUGCUACUACUAGUACACUACAAGUCACUG